AUGUUCCCACCAUUUUUAGCAACCAGAAAAAUUUGCUAUUUAAUAUUCAUAAUAGGGUUUGUAUGUUUUCUAAUAACUAUUCAAUUAUCAAGUCUAAAUGGUUAUCAAACAUUCUCAUAUUCUCAGCAUGCCCUUGAAAGUUUUUCGUUAGAUCAAAGUAUAGAAAACGAUAAGGAUUCACCCCCUCAAGAAUAUAUUGCAAAAUAUAGACCGAUCUCUUCAUAUAAUCCAAAAUCCCAUCAUAGAACAAAUCACAAUCAAAUACAAAAUCAAGAUCAAGAUCAAACUUCAAAAUCACAAGGAUCUCAUUCUACAAAGAGUCCCAAAGGACCAAAAGGGUUAAAACAAUUUCAUAAACCUACUAAGAAUAUUAUCUUUCCAAGAACAUUUGACGAAAUUUCUCAAGAGGAUUUAACUCAAUUUUAUAAAACAGCAUUUUUAUUAGAAUCUGAAGAUUCUGCAGCUUAUUUAAAUCCCUCAAGUGUUAAUGUUUUCAAAUAUCAAUAUAAUAAAGAUUUAAAAUCUGAACCAUUAAGUGAUAAUAUAAUAAAAUUAUCAUUCCAUAAAUUCACAUUCUCCCUUUAUAGUAAUUUAAAGAGAAAAAUUGGAGAAGUUUUAGAAAAAUGCAAUCUUAUUAAACAAGAAUACGAAAUUCAAAUAAGUGAUCCAAUUCCCCUUGAGAACCGUCUUGAACGUAUUGUUGCAGAAUUUGCCAAUUCUAAUUCUCCUUAUUAUGAAGAACUUAAGGUAUUCUUCGAAGAUAAUCCAAUCAAAAAGCAACUUAAAGAAAAAACAAUCACCAAACAUUGGUAUAGAUUAGCAGGAACAUCUGUAUGGUUAGAACAAUAUGGUGUUCACUUUAUGAUUUCAAGAGUCAUCUAUAGUCCAAAAGGGAUAAAGAAUCAACCAGUAAUAUCCUUAACUUAUGCACAAAUCUUUGAUGAAUUAUGGCAAGAAUUAGAUGAUGUAGAGUUAAUAAUACCUACAAACAAUCCAGAUCUUGAUAAUAAUAAUAACUUACUCUUGGAUUACAAAACUCUCAAGUAUAAAAAUAUGAAAUUUCCUACUAUACUACCAAUUCCAUUUUAUCAUGAUUCAAAAAUUGUUAAUGAAAAAUACUAUGGUCCUGAAGACCCCAGACUUUUAAUCACUAAAAAUGAACUUGGGUAUGAAGAACCUCUUAUCAUAUUCAAUAGUUGGCAUAGGAAAAUUGUCAAUUCACAAUCUGAGAAUGAAAAUGAUUAUAAAAUAAAUUUUGCAUAUUUUCGAUCCAUGCAUAUGUGUUGGCCAUGGCAAUUUCAAAGAGGUAAAAUUAAUAUUGAAGAAUUACCUAAUCCUGAAUUCAAAUUAAAUUUAUAUAAUAGAGUCGUUGAAUUAAAGAAGACAGAAGUAGCUAGGGAUUACUUACAAAAAAAUUGGACACCAUUCACAUCAUAUUAUGAUCGUCAACAAUAUGGAUUUGAUAAAUACAUCUACUUUAUUUAUAAAUGGGAAGAUUUACAAGUAUUAAAAUGUAAAUUAUCAAAUAUUAAUGAAAUUUAUAGUAGUGAUUGUGUCUUAGAUUAUACUUUGAACAAGAAAGAUGAUGGACAUUCCAUUGGAGCAUUACGAGGAGGUUCUCAACUUAUAAAUAUUAACUCAUUAUUAGACGAUUAUCAGCAUCAAAUUCCUAAAUUGAAGACAAUUAUCAAUCAUUUACCUAAAGGUAGAGAAAUUUGGAUAGGAUUUGCUCGAGCUCAUUUACGGAAUUGUGGAUGUGGUCAUGAUUUCUAUCGUCCAAAUAUUGUUAUUAUCGUCAAAGAUAAUAAUAAUAAGUAUAAAAUUAGUCAUAUUAGUCCAUUUGUUUCAUUAGAUGUACCUGUUGGAACAUUCUCUGAUAUAACUAACACUAAAUGUGUAGAUGGACCAAAUGUAUUUAUACCUAAUGGUAUUGGAUCUUGGUCAUUAAGUUCUACCGAUCUUGAAGAUUACUUGACAUUAAUUUAUUCUAUUGCUGAUUCUACAGUUGAUAUAAUUCAUAUCAAAGGACUCUUAAAAUCUUUAUUACUUCAUCCCGAUGGUGCAAGUCUCUUUGAAACUUCAUCAUCAAAGAAACAAGGAUUUAACAAUGACAAUAUAGUAUGUGCACUUGAAGGUUCACGCGCUUUCUGUGAUCAAUACGGUAAAGAUCAUGCUCCAUAA